AUGGACAACUACGAGACAACCGACGUGCUCAUCUGCGGCUGUGGGCCGACAGGAGCCUUGGUCUCUGGAUAUCUAGGGAGAUAUGGCAUUCCCAAUAUUGUGUUGGAGAAAGAUCCCAGUAUCACCACUGACCCGCGGGGUAUAUCCCUUGACGAUGACGGCAUUCGAGCGGUGCAGGGCCUUGGACUGUACGAGCAUAUCUUUACGGACAUCGGGUCAACUAUUCCACGCGUCCGGUUCGUGAGCGGCAUACACCAAGAUCUCCAUGCGAGACCGUUCCUCUGCUUUGAUACUGGCUCGUCUGAGGGCUAUACCGGCCAUGUAGGGGUUAUCGGCCACAAGCAGCCCGUCUUAGAGAAGCACCUUCGAUCCGUCAUUGAGUCCUCCGCCGUCUCUGCGCUACGGCCCAGCCGCACCUUGACAUCAAUCCACGAAGACAAUCUCUGGGUAUAUGCUACCUACCUAGAUGCCAGUGGAAAGGAAAGGCGCAUCCGAUCGAGGUUUCUCGUGGCCGCCGAUGGGAAAACCGGCUACACCCGGAAACAGUAUUUGGAACCAAAAGGCGUUCGACUGGAAUGGGCUGAAGCAACCAAAUACGAUGAAACCUGGGUGGCGCUCAACUGGAAAAUACACCUGCCAACGCCACAGACACAUCCCACGUUCCCAUUGUGGAAUCUGGGAUAUUCCCCUGAGAUGGUGUACGAUCUGUUCUUCCCCGAGGACUUUCGGUUCCUCUGCAAUGCGCAAAGACCGGCUGUCUGCGGCCGGUUUGGUCUCCCUAGCGAUAGACUCUGGCGUUUCGAGUUUGUUAUUGCUCCUGGUGAGGAUGGAGUCGAGAUGGCCCAGAGGCCUAAGAUUAGAGAGGUUGUCGGCCCUUAUAUCACGCAUCCUGGGAGUCGUUACGGUCUCACUGGAAAUAUCGAAUUCCCCGAAGAUUGUAUCCAAGUGCUUCGUUCCAGGCCUUUCCGCUUCUCCGCUAGAACCUGCAACAAAUGGGCACUUGGCAGGACAAUCCUCUGUGGCGAUGCAGCGCACUAUCUAAUUCCUCCGGUUGGCGGACAAGGAAUUGCAUCCGGGUUCAGGGACGCAAUAGGACUCUCCUGGCGCCUUGCGAUCCUCUGCUCAUCAAAACAGACGCUCGACCACGAGAGAAUUCUUACGGCGUGGUACACAGAGCGGAAGCAGCAGCUGGACAAGUAUCUGGCAGCCACGGUUCGCAAUGGAGAUAUGGUGAAUACCAAGAGUUCCCUGCAGAGGCUGCUCCGAGACUGGGGUUUAUGGGCCAUCCAGCUGAGCCCUAAGUGGAAGCACCAGCUCGAGCAGGGAUCAAGAGCUAAAGGCCCUGUUAAGUACAGUCACCGGACUGGUCUUCCAUUUCUGCCGGGCUUAAACGGUGGCAUUUGUUUCCCUCAGACUUACUGCUCCGCAGUUGCAGACGCUGAUUGUAUUGUUCGGUUCUCGGACGACGUUGUAUUUGCUGCGAGCAGGGAGAAGCUCUUCCAAGUGGUUGUUCUGUUGCAGGAUUCUCAAACAUUGUCGUCUGUUCUAAGUGAUCUUGCCGAGGCGAAGCAGGACUGUGUGAGUCUCCUGUCAUACCGCGAGGCAACAAUAUUUGCGCCUCGGUCGUGUCUCAGGGGAAUCGAUGACGAUUCCUCCAGAUAUAUGGAUGGCAGAGUCUAUCGUCCGGCCACUACAGAAGAGUUUGGCCGCUCCAAGCUCUGUCACAACCGACCCCAUCCACGAGGAUAUAAUGAGGAUCUCAUGUGGCAAACCUGCGCAGGGAAGCCAUACAUUAUCGUGAGGCCUGAUAGGUUUGUUUUUGCAAUGUGCAGUACAGCUGCCGAAUUGGAAAUGGCGGCGAAACAGCUGGAGGAGAUGUUUUCUUGA